UUGCACAGCAGUCGUCGGGCCAAAGAGGAAUGAAUAGGUUUUACCCUGCUUUCUCCUCCCACGCAAAACUGAAUGGAAGGACUCUUUCGGACUCGGAAUAGCAGUAGACACACUCAUGUAGCCUUGGCACUGAUUUAAUUUACCCGUCCCAUCAGCGAUUUCAUUGUUGUGUUUUUUGAAGGAUACUUAUGCGUCGGGAAUGCCACCAUGGCCACGCCGAACAGCCUUCAGCAGCAGGAUUACUUCAGAAGCGUCAGCAGCGAAUCCACCACGUAUAUGAUGGUCCCGGCCACGGCGGCAGCGGCAAACACGCGUCGCGAUGCCGCGCCGUCCAAGAUGUGGGUCGCUAUGGUGGUGAUUGUGGUGGUCGUUCUACAGAUUGCCUCUACCACAGGUCUGUUCGUCUACCUGAAUAUGUCGAUAUCACAGGUGCGUAGCCAGGGUGUGACAGAGGAACUGAAGUGCCUCAGUCUGCUGAAUGCUCUGGAUAAAGACCAGGACAUCCCAGAGAACCUGGCUCAGCUGUUUGGAGAACCCUGCAUCAAGCUGGCAGAGGGCAUCAAGGCCUACAUCUCAAAGGUGACCGAGAACAUAAUCUCCAAGCAGACGUUUCAAGAAGCGAGAACGUUACCUCGCACCUUCAACACUUCCGGGUCAAAGUUUGCGACCUCUGUGACCCAGCGGCCGUCAGCCCACCUGACCCUCAGAGACAACAGUGCUCAAGGGUCUCCUUCGUACCCCACCCCCCAGCCCGACCUCCACCAAUCAUGUCGCCACCCCGUCCGUUCCUGGGCCAAUCAGAGCUUUGGAGCCCAUCUUCACAACAUGACCUUAGCCAAUGGGAGGCUGCGUGUGCCCCAGGAUGGGCGGUACUACCUGUACUCACAGGUGUACUUCCGCUACCCAUCCCUUAGUGAAGGGGACCAGCCUACAGCCAGUCACCAGCUGGUCCAGUGUGUGUACAAGAAGACGUCCUACCUGCGGCCCAUCCAGCUACUGAAGGGUGUAGGGACCAAGUGCUGGGCCCCAGACGCGGAGUACGCCCUCCACUCUGUGUACCAGGGAGGGCUGUUCGAGCUAAGGGCCGGGGAUGAACUCUUCGUCUCAGUCUCGUCCCCCACCAUGGUCCAUGCGGAGGAUUCAUCAAGUUAUUUUGGGGCGUUCCGUUUGGACCUGUAAAGAUGGAUGGGAUGGAGAAGA